UUCUUUCCUUUAAGGUUGGGGGCAGCACUGAGAGAUCAGCAGAAAUGUGCUGACAUCAUCUCCAAAGAUCCAGUCAUAGCAUGGAUGGGAGUGAAGGGAAGGGUGGGGGACCAGGGAGGAGAGGAGGGAGAGAGAUACAGGGAGGAUGGAAGAAGCGAGGAAGAGGAGGAGGGAGGAAAGCAGGAACUGGGCAUCAAGAGAGAAUACUGCAGCUCCCUCUCAGAUUCUACACACACACACACACACCACACACACACACGGAUGAACUGGAUCAUGAGGCUCUAAAGCACACGCCCACAACAGCAGCAUCACUGUGCUGCACCACAGAGAGAGACCAGCCUAUACUCCCAUCUCUGACUCUCCCUCUUUCAGUCUCUGUUUGCCUCAUUCUCUUUCACACACAAACACACACACACACACACACACACAUAGAGGCAGACACGUGCUGCAGGGAAGAUCUGAGUGUUGGGUCGCUGAGCAUUCAUAUCCCCCUCCCCUUCUCCUUCUUUCUCACUCUCACUCGCUCUCCUCGUUCACCUUGUCUGUUCUGGCUGUAUGGUUUAUCGUUGCGUCAGAGCCAAAGACAGCCAGCGAGAAGCAUGCCGGGGGAGAGCACCCACAGAUCCGUGCCCAGCGACAAGCAUCCAGGGCAGGAACCUGAGGAAACAGGGCUCCCUGGACCAGACAUGACCAGACACCCAUCUACUGACUCCACACCAAGUGACAGUGGUUCAUCCCCAAGUGACAGUGGUUCUAGUCCCUCUCCUAGUACUCCACAAAAGCUGCUCCCAGCAUGCACUUCUCCAUUUGGACCACGACUAUUUCAUGUGUCCCCUAGCUCUUCUGGUACUCCAAGACCUCAACCUGAAGGCUCCGAUCAUCGCAACAACAGCACACCCAGACUGUCUGGAAAAUUAGGUGGCCAUGGACCAUGUGGCCGCCAUGUCCCUGUUAAGAUGGAGCGAAUCAAGGUCCUAACUGGUUCUGAGGUGGAGAGUGACUACCAGGAGCCACAAACUAUUGAUACAAGGGUGGUGAUGGGUGAAGAAACACUGCUGAAAACAACAGAGAUCAAGAAAGGGAAUCCCUUUACUGCCCCAAGUGAUCAGGCUGCACCUUUACCAGAUAUUCAAAGCUUUUCAGAUCCUCAGGCACAGGCAAAAGAGACUCAGUUGGAAACAAGAAAAGAGGAAAAUCAACCCCCAAAACAGGAGGCUCAGCAAAAAGACCGUGCAGACCCCUCAGUGACUCUCCCUAUCCCUUUUCACAACCCCCUGCUCCCUCCCUCUACCUCCCCAGGGUCACUCACGACAGAUGACAGCUUGACGGAGAAAAAAGAAGAGUGUCAAAGCCUCUCUCAAGAUGAAGUGCCUUCCCACUCUUUUUCUGAGCCUGCCUGUCCAGUUGCUUUGUCGUUUUCUGAGCCAGUCUGUGCUGUUGACCCACUACGAGUGGGUGUCCCCUCAUCUCUUGACCCUGACCUUUACUACACUGCCCCUUCUACCCCAAUUAAAAUGGCAUCUCGCUCUUCACACCUGAAACAUCAUUCAUAUCCUGGCUCCCCUGUCUCUCCACUGUCCCCUGGUUCUCCCUCUGACAGUGAGGACCUCUGUUCCCCGCUCACUUCUCCUUCUGGCUCUUACAUCACAGCAGAGGGAGGCAGCUGGACCUCCUCUUACACAUCCUCCACCUCCCCCUCCACAUCUCCAAAUCCACUCCUCACAGAAGAAACACAGGAGGCUCCUGCUUGUUUUGUGGGGUCUUUGUCUGAAAUUGGAGAUGAAGUUGGGGAGGAAAAGGGAAGAACAGGUCCAGAACGCGAGGAAGAAAGGGCAGGGCACUUCUGUCUGUACCAUGAGGGGGAUUUUGCUAUGAAUUCCCCAAUAGGUAUAACAGACACAGUCAUCGUUGAGGAGGAAGAAACUUUAAAAGACGACGAGCUCAGUGUUUCUAGAGAAAGUUGUCGCCCCUGCUGGGUAACUGAGGACACAUCCCCUCUGAGGAGCAGUAGCAGUAGUGACUCCCAGGAGGAUGGAGGAGGUUAUGAAAGUUCUCUCUGCCCUCUAGAUGAGGACAGUAUAGAAAGAGCUGAGUCGUCAAGACCUAUCCAGUCGGGACUGAGGCUGCAACUCGAGGCAUGCGUAUCAGAGGAGCAUUAUGGACAGAUGGAUGUCCACCAAGAGCCUCCUUCAACCGCCUUGACUCCUGACACAGAGAACAUGACCAUGGCCUCAUCAAGCCUUAGCCCUGACUCGCCUGUCCUCUCCCUGGAUGCCUUCUUUCCUGGAGCGUUUGAUAGGCUUGGUCCCAGUUCCUUCAUACUAUCCCAGGCAGCCUGUGCUGAUGAUAUACCAGAGGAGGAGAGGAUGAUCCCUGCCUCCCUCAUCUCCUUUCCCCUUCACACCAGCCUUAUCUUUAAGGCCGAUUCAAUGGAAAUCACCCUCUUCCCCACUGAAGAAGAGAAUGAAAUAGAAGUUAAUGACAGAAAUGAAGAAAAGGACGUUGAUGCCUAUGCAGCGGGAGAAGAGGAGGCAGAUGUAGAAGAUGACGAUGAAGACGAAGAGGAUGACGAUUAUGAUUAUGAUGAUGAUUUUGAUGGUAAUGCUAAUGGUGCUGUCAGCUGUGAUGAAUAUGAGGAAACUAAUAAAGAUGAUGGCAGUGAUGACCGUAAAGAGUCAGGCGAGGAAGCUAAGGUGGAAGUGAAAGUGGUAGAAGAGGACGAAGAGGAGGAGGAAGAAGAAGAAGAAGAUGUGGACGAUGAUGAAUGUCAUAGCAGAGCAGUGGAGGAUCCCACAGAUGAGGAUAGCUCAGCAUCCUUCCUUCAUUCGCUUUCAGAAACUUCUCUUAAUGAGGGGUUGGAUGAGUCUUUUUGUUUCCAAGACGAUACAGAGGAGUCAUCAGAUUCUGCCUCCUACAACGGGGAGGAAGACGAACGUCUGUACAGCACUGAGAGGCAUGCACAAUCAUUAGAACCAACAUCAGCAGAUGGACCUGAUCCAGGUCAAGUACAAUCAGAACCUGAACGGGCAACUAUCACUGACACAGUACAAAAUGAACCUUUGCUCUCACAGCAGAGCGUGGAUGAACUAGUGGAUCGCUGCAAAACCACCUGUCUGUCUGAAGCCACUGCCCACCCUAAAGGAAACAAUGUAGAUCCCAGUCCUGUGGAUGCAUGUAAAACCCCUGAGACCCAAUCAGACCCUGAACUAGAAUCUACCAGCGAAAUAGGUCAGGCAAAACAUUUACCUGUACAAGCGAGCACAGACAAACCACUGGGUCACCAGAAACUAUCCUGUCCUGCAGAAGCGAAUUCUUCUCUGUCAGACUCCUCCGACGACCCGAAUAAGAGUGCGAAUGAGAGUGAGAUGACUUAUCUUGAUCUUUUCUCCGAUCCUCUUGAGGGGCCUAAACCCAGUCCCUUUUUUAACCCUUCCUCCACUCCUGAUACCAGCCGUGUGUCACCUUCUUUUGCAACAGAGUCCCACAUGUCCCACAUUCCUCCCUCUGCUACUUCUGUGCAGGAAACAACAGACCAGAACAUUUCAGUUUUUCCAGAAGGAGAUCACCAGGGCAAAGAUGUUGAUUUCAAAUUGCCCAGUAAUAGUGGCACAGUGGAAAAAGAACCAGAAAGAGACUCUUUGAAAUUGCACAGUGAUAACUCAGCAACUGAGCCCAUAAAUGGGCCAGAAAGAGAUUCUUUCAAAUUGCUCAUCAAGCCUCGCCAUUAUCACUCUGAAAGCCAAAGGACUGUGGGAGCAAGUAGACGUGUGUUGUCAAAGUCUUUCUGCAGUAAAUAUGAUGUGCCUGUAGGGGCAGAGGCCAUGUGCAGAUCCAGUAUUCACAGUGAGUCUGAUAUUGACCUUGACCAGAAGAAUGGGAAUGUUUCAGCAGAGUCUGUGAGUGUGGAGUGUAGAGUCAGUGAUUCUGGUCCUUCUCUGAACAAUGUCAUUGCUACUAAUGACUUGAAUAAAGGUGUUCCUCUUCUAUCUUGUCCUAAAGACCCUAGUCCCAAUCCCAGUAAUAUCCCUGUUUCCGCCUCUCCAGAAGUCAUCUCAGAACUAGCUGACAAUCUGGCCCUAACACCUGAACACGGCCCUGGUGACUCUUCCCAGGAGAACCUGAGGGAAAACACCCUUAGUACUGAUGAGGGAGUACUGGGAGCUGUUGGUUCCCCACACUCACCUUUUGCCAUCUCUCCGAAAAGGGAAAAUUCAGAAACGGACACAAGCAGAGAGAUGGGUUCUGUAGCUGGGGCAUGGUGUGACACCAGGGUGGGAAUGGGGUUCAGUCUUGGGUUAGGAGCAGAGGCUGAGUUUGGUGUCUGGGGAGCAGGGGAAUCUCUAUCAUUGUCUCUGGGGAAGAGGUAUGAGUUAGAGGCGGAAAGUCUGCUCAUGUGUGAUGCAGAAGGCCAAAGCAAGCAGACGGCCAUGGUUUCUAACAUGAGCAGUGAAGAGUGCAAAAAUUAUGACAAUGUUCUCGGCUCUAUGCUAGAUGAAGACGAUAACAACAGUUUGCAUGGAGAGAAGCGCCAAACAGAUACCGAAGAACUGGUUGGAGAGGGAGUUUCUGAGUCCAACUUGGCACGCUGUAAGUCCACUGAGGAGAUUUCAGUAGAAGGAGGGGGAGAAGAUGGGAACGCCAGCUUCCUGGAGGAUGAUGUCAGUAAUCUAAAUCCACACAAUGACGGCGAUAACACAGAAACACAAAUACAAAACACUUGGAAGAAUUGUAACAAUAACAGUGAGUCUGCCUUUGGCUCUGCGCAUGGGAGUCUCAAUGCUCUGUCAGAGGAAGUCAGACACCAGAGUGUGAGUGUCAGUGUUAGAGACUCUGUCUCUAAUAUUCCACUUGAGGAGAUGCCACCUCAGGUUUCGGACAUGAUUCCUGAUGAAGGCAGGAAAUCAACAGAUAGUUUGAUAAACCAGACACCAGAAACAACACCGACACCAUUCCCCGAGAAAGGUGGCUCCAGCGUCUCAGUGCCAUUAACUGAAACUCACUCAGAUGCAGCUGCAACAAACAAACAAUUUGAUUUAAAAAAUAAAACCAACUUAAGAAGUCAUACAGGCCCAGAGUGUCACACAGUCACUCCAGAGAGUGACACAUCAUUUUCUUUGGUACAGGGAUCCUUUGGAUCGUUCACUCCUAAAUGCAAAUCCGAUGAUUCCAGACCAAGUAAAGCUUGUCAAGAAAAGGUCAAUACUGGUUCUUUGUCAGAAACAGAGAUAAUAGAGUCUCAGACAGAAAGCCAAAGAAAAUGUGAUGGCAGUCCCCUCGUGGACAAAGUUGUCGAUGAACCAAAGACUAAAGAUGCCUUUAGAGAACAACAGCAUGUUGUUUAUAACUCAGGGGAAGACAAUGAAGAAGACAAAGUGGAAGAGAAAGCAAAAGAGAGAGGUGCAAAAAAAGAUAAGAAGAAGAAACAGGAAAGAAAAUCCCGUUCUGCACAAAACGACUCAGAGCACUUUCCCUGUGACAGCCCCAAGGAGGGACAUUGCACGGAUACAUCAUUUGAUGCAAAGAAAGGAAGGAGAGGAAGACAGAACAAACAGAGGGCACCGCUGACAGACAGUCAAGGUGCCUCUAGCCCCGAAUCUGUUGUUGAUCCAGAGAAACCUGCUGUUCCUUUAAAUAACACACCAGAGGUACGGUCAAAGGGGAAUGCAGAAACAUCCAAAUCUAAGACAGGACAUAAUGCAAGCAACAAGUUUUCAUCACUGGAUUGUCAACAGAAGACGCCUGGGACAGACAAGGUUGAAUCUGGUUCACAGCUCCAGGUAGAAAACAAUCCAAGUCCUGAUGUCAAAGGUCCUAGUCAUGCAGUGUGCAGCUCUACCAUACACACAACAGACAACCUAAAUAUUGUUGUGGCGAUGAACCAAGACUUAGAGCAGGAAGUUCUUGAUAAUAGACCGCUACCUGAUAAUCAGAGAGGAGUUACAGUGGACAUUAAUGAUAACAACAUAGAUAUUACCCACAAUACCAUACCAUACUCUCUGAAUCCACUUUGCUACUCAGCAUCUCCUGUUUCCUCUUCCUCUUCCUCCUGCUCUCUACCUUGUGCCUCAACAGACCCGGAGCAUGAUCUUUCCACACCAGUGCAGGAAUCCCAACCUGACCUCUCAGCCCAACAACGACAAGAACCUUCACUGUUCACGUGCCGCACCACCCCUGUCCAUUUGUCAACCUCUCCUACAACACAGAACACCCCUGAUUCCCAGUUCCUUCCUACCACUAACCUCCAAGAGAUCACUGAUGUCCUCAGUACAUCAACUAUGUCUGCCACAACAGUCUCUUCACCCUCAUUCUCCACUGCCGUGCCAUUAAGUCUGUCUCAGUCUACCCAGGAGUCAUCUUUACCCGAGGUGGGGAAUCUAGAUGCAGGUUGUAUUCCAGACUCUAGUUCCCAUCCCCAGUCUCAGUCAUACUCCCAGUCUCAUGCUAACGCCAGCGUACAGUCUCACAAACAAGUCAGUCAAGGUCACACAUGGAGCACACAAGACAGGUGCAAAGGUCCUAGUUUGGCUGAGGAAGAGACAGACAGUGAGGGCGAUGGAGGUAAAAAAUCCCAGCCCAAAGGAGUUCAAGGAAGCAGAAAUGGAUCACUACAGAAAGACUCUGGUCCAGUCAAUCAAAGGGAAAUCCAGCCCUUCGCUACCCACCAACUUACAGCCAGGCAGCCCAGCUGUCCUAUGAAACACAGCCACAACAUUUCUGAAGAGACUGACCUAUCAUUCCAGAGCAAUUGUUCAGUGCUGGCUUCAUGUAAUGAGUCUGAGAGUGAGGGUUCAGUUCCUGAGCUGGAAGAACUGGAGCCACUGAGACCAUCAGAGCCACAGUCUAUCUCCUCUGCAGAUGAAGGGUUAAACAGACCAAAGCAGAGCCGCAGUGAAAAGAAGGCCCGCAAGGCCAUGUCUAAGCUGGGUUUGAAGCCAGUCCACGGUGUGACCAGAAUCACUAUUAGGAAGUCCAAGAGCAUCUUGUUUGUCAUCAGCAGACCAGAUGUAUUCAAAAGCCCCGUAUCAGACAUUUAUAUUGUGUUCGGAGAGGCAAAGAUUGAGGACCUAUCUCAGCAGGCUCACAAAGCAGCCGCAGAGAAAUUCAAGGUGCCUGUGACCUCUUCUCCCUUAGCCCCACCUGUCCCACCCAGCCUCACCAUCAAGGAGGAGAGUGAAGAGGAAGAAGAAGAGGUGGAUGAGGGAGGCCUUGAGCAGAGAGACAUUGAGCUGGUGAUGGCUCAGGCCAAUGUGUCACGAGCCAAAGCCGUCCGUGCGCUGAAACACAACAAGAAUGACAUUGUGAAUGCUAUCAUGGAGCUGACCAUGUGAGCGGUGAGGACGAUUCAACUCCUGACUCCUUUAUUCCAGCCUAUAAAGCCUAAACACCUGACUCUUCUAUAUCGCUGCUACUAUAUGUUGCAUCCCCAAUAUCUGCUAAAUAAAGUCUGUUCCAAAGUGGGCUCUGA